AUGAAUGAAGGUGUGUGGGUAAGGAACUACCCGUCAAUGACAGUUAGCAUACCCACCAUGCUGUUUCAGCAGAAAUGGCAACAGUUGAAGCAGUGCUCGAGUGCUCGAGUGCUCGAGUGUGUCCCAUUUUGUGAACCAAACAGUUCCGAGCGUAAAGAUAUGGUGUGUGGACGCCCUUCUGAUAUCAUACCACGUGUCACAAAGAUAUGCUCAAGCUUCACCUAG